UCCGUGUCUGGGACCCGUUUGCCUACCUUCCGCAGGUGACUCUCCGCUGCCAGCGAAGUUGAGUUGCAGCUCCUGCAGCACCCCUGGGUCCAUACUGAGCGGCAGCGGCGGGUGCAUGGAGAAGGGCCCGGUGUCGGCUCCGGCCAAGCCGCGGAGCUCCAGGUGCAGCAAUGGGGUUCUCGAGGCAGAGUCCCCGCGACCCGGGUCCAGCCUGCCGUCCGACACAUCGCCGCGGCCGGAGACCAAGGGCCAGCAGCCGACCGAGGGCUGGGUGAGCGAGAAGCCCCGGGGCAAGGAGGUAGGCGAGCUGAACCUCCCCAACCUGGCCGCCGCCUACUCGUCCAUCCUGCGCUCGCUGGGCGAGGACCCCCAGCGGCAGGGGCUGAUCAAGACGCCUUGGAGAGCGGCCACGGCCAUGCAGUUCUUCACCAAGGGCUACCACGAGACCAUCGCAGAUGUUCUAAAUGAUGCCAUAUUUGAUGAAGAUCAUGAUGAGAUGGUGAUUGUGAAGGAUAUAGACAUGUUUUCCAUGUGUGAACAUCACCUGGUUCCAUUCAUUGGAAAGGUCCAUAUUGGCUAUCUUCCUAACAAGCAAGUCCUUGGCCUCAGCAAACUUGCCAGGAUUGUAGAAAUCUACAGUAGAAGACUACAAGUUCAGGAGCGGCUCACGAAACAAAUCGCCUUAGCAAUCACAGAAGCCUUGCGGCCUGCUGGCGUCGGUGUUGUGGUUGAAGCUACACACAUGUGCAUGGUAAUGCGAGGGGUACAGAAAAUGAACAGCAAAACUGUGACGAGCACCAUGCUGGGUGUGUUCCGGGAAGAUCCAAAGACUCGAGAGGAGUUUUUGACUCUCAUUAGGCGCUAACUCCAGCGUAUGACUGGGAUGUUCCAGAUCUUGUCGCCAGUAGUGUUGUUUGGUCUUACUUGUUUGUAUGUUCUAUUUUUUAGUUGUUACACACGUGAACAUUAUUCCUUGCCACUGAUUGUGUUUACUAAUUAUUUAUACCAAGUCAAAUAAAAUAAUUAAUUAAAGGUGCACCCUCUACUUUCUUCUUGCCACCUUUUAGUGGCAACAUUCAAGUAAAUUUCUGAAAGUGUAAGUUAUAUGCACAAAACCACUGUCACUCAGAUAACCCGAAAGAUUAAGGGAAAAGAUAUCAUCAAUUUUGUUUGAAUAAUAUAGUCAUCUGAUUCAUAGGAGUGUUGGGAACCAGCCAAUACACUGGUUCUUUCCUACCCCCCACCCCCAAAAUGGUAUAGUAUGUAAAGUAAUGUAUUUGUGGUGUAUAGCAUUGCGCUGCCAAUUCAAAGUCCAGUUGCUCCACUUUCAAUCAUGCUUAUUAAACCACCUGUGACUCUUUGUUGUUGUUGUUUUAUUUAUAUUUUAACAAUCCAGUUUAAUGUUAGUCACUGAGAAAAGGUGGUAGAAUAUGUUUUGUAUUUCACUGUGAGUUAAAAAAAAAGGCACACUUCUACCUUUUAUUCUUUAAAAAAUUCAAGUACAGGGAAUUAGUUUCUGGAGUUGUUUACGACUAUAUUCUCAUGUCAACAUACAGGGAUUUAAACACUUAACUCUCUGUGCCUUGAUGAGAAUAUGACAUCAUUUAGGUCAUAGUACCUUUGCCUUUUUAAUAAAGCCAUUAUUUUGUAAGUCUUAGUAUCAACACUGAAAAUAACUCGCCCUCACAUUUUUACCUUUAGCAAUUUCUAGGGAGUUUACUUUGUGCGUUCCUUAUAGAUGGCCUCAAAUAUUUAUUUUUUUUAACUUAUUAAAUAUUUUUCUAAUUUCCAGAAAUGUUUGCAAGCGUCUCCCCCACUUUCAGGUCUGCAGAACCCCCCACAAUCGUGAAAGAAUGCAGGAUGAACAACCUGUACCCUGCAAUGUGAGCUAUGUCCAAUGUCAAGUGAAAGUUAAUGUUUGCUGGAAUAGUGAGAGUGCACAGUGAUUUUCUGGAAUUACUGGAAAAUACUAGAAUAUUCUACUGAUUUAUUUUGUGGCCCAAAGGGUCCUUGUCUUCAGUCUAACUGUUCAAGUAGUUGAAGUCAUUUAGCCCAAGAAGCUGUUGCCUUACCAAUGGUUAUCUUAAAAUUUCCUCCAGUGGUGUAGUGUGGCCAAGUUGCACCAAACCAACCACCAACAAAAACCAACAACCUCACUUCCCCACAAAAUAACAUGAACACAAUGAUGUCAUGGAAAAGUCUCUUUCAUCGAUGUUGUACUCUUCACGUUUGUGCUAUUACUGUAAGAAAAGUUAGCUACAGUGCUUGCUUUAAAUUCUGCAGUCCUGUCUCUGCUUCUUUGAUGCUGCUUGGCUUAUAAGGGCAAGAUGGUCAGGGUGAUUUAAAAAAGAAUCUCCUCUACUUUUGUUUUUUAUAUUCUUCAAUAUUUGGAGUUUCUAAAGUACUUUGUGAUUGACUUUGACUUCCUUUUAAAAUCUAUCCUGAUAUAAGCAUGAUCCUGCUUAAUAUCUGGACAUUUAGAAGUAGAAUGAAGUACUUGACUCAUGCUUGGUGUUUAAAAGUAAAAACAGGUAUGACUCAGAGGACCAAAGAAAUUGUUAGAUAUAAAUUCAUCUUUCUGAGGUUGAUUGUAUUCCUUUUUAAUGACUCUUUGUUCUGACAUUCCCUAGAAGUGUACUCAUAAAGGUUUUAUGUGUCAAUAGGCUAUUUUCUUCUUGGUGAAUGUGAAGUAAUUCCCUUUUCUGUUCUCUGGUCCAUAAAACUUCAAAAUUACCUUCUCAUAUCCAUGGCCUUGAGUCCCUUUGGGGGAUUUUUAAGACUUUAAUGAAUUUAAAUACACUGUUCAUUAAGUUGUUUGAAUUUAAUGUAUGUGUGUAUAUUCCUGCAGUUGAUUCUAUUUAAAUUAUUAAAGUGU